UGUGUUGGGGUUCUUGGGCCAAGCUGUCCUGACACGUUGCAGCAGCACCAACAGACUGCUGACUGGAGCUGGACCAGGAGGAGUCCUCUGGAUCCUUAUUUGUCCUGCUUCACCUGUAUGACUUGAUUAAACAGCUGCAAUGAAUCAGAGCAAAGAGGGAGUUGAGCCUUUUCAAUAUUCCUAUUAUGACUAUUCAGACUGGUACUCAAACAACGCAGAGCCUACAAAACCACCCAAAGAAGUUAUUUUACCAUGUGACCCGACAGCAGAUGACAAGCUCUUCCAUAUAUGCAUAUUAUCGAUAUCACUGGUGAUCAUGUUAAUCCUGGCAGGUCUCACCAGGAAAAAUAAAUUCUGCCAGGGUUUCGCAAGAGGAUCCUCAAGCAUCUUCAGUCCAGCCAACUUCCUGGAUCAGACUCAGAAAAAAGGAGUGGUUAUGGCUGUUUUUGGACUGGUGUUCAGCAAGCUGGCAAUGCUGGUGAUCACCCCAGACCCUCUGCCUUUCUCCAAAGAUACUCCAGCAGAUAAUAAAGAGUACAUGAAGAUAAUCGCCAUAUUUUAUUACCCAAUCCUGUAUUAUCCUCUGUUGGUAUGUGGAACUCUGCAGCGCAAAGCAGGUUAUGUGUUUGGGACACUGCUCUCCUUCACUCACUUUGGAGUCCUGGUGUGGCAGAAAUUUGACUGUCCAAAGACUCCAGAGAUCUAUAAAUACUAUGCUCUACUCGCAAGUCUGCCUCAGCUGGCCUGCCUUGCAUAUCUCUGCAUUCAGUUCCCUUUGCUGUUUGUGAAAGGACCAAAGACGGACGAGGACCUUGACAGUAGCUACUACACCAACUAUGUGAAGUUACUUCUCAAGAAAAAGUCCUCAACUGCCAGUUUGUCAGCAUCUGACAAACCAGCGCUUGCAGAGAGAAUUCUGGAGGUGAUUAAGGGUUACAUUUAUAUUCCUGAAAAAGUGUUUCGUUUUCCACUGAAGCUGGCGGUAUCAUCUUUUGUUACCUGUGUGGCUAUACACCAUACCGCACUCUUGAUAGUUGUCCUGGUGGUGCCCACUCUCCACAUUGUUCGUGCUGGUAUUGAUGAAAAUAUCGCCUUCUUGUUACUGGGUUUUGGGAUUGUGUUAUCAGAUGACAGGAUGGAGGUUGUUAGAAUUGUAACUUUUUACACAUGGCUGCUGGAAGUAUGCUACCUCUGUGCGAUGACCCUGUCUUGCUUGGUCAGCCUUAUUAUGCUCAUGAGGUCCAUGGUUCUCCACAGAUCAAACCUAAGAGGACUGUAUAAGGGAGACAUUUACAAGCUUUGCAACAACCAGAAAACCAUGCAUCCGUCUAGAACAGGUGUUGUCUGUUGGAUGGGCUUGACGGGAUACCAGGCUGCAAUCGUCAGCCUUGGAAUGGCUAUCCAGACCAUUGUGUUUUUCAUCUGCUUCUUGUUGCUGGUGUUUUUGAUCAUUAUCCCAGUGUUUUACGGCCGUAACAUCAUUGUCUUUGAAAUUGCAGGAAAGGCAUGGCCGGCCUGGGUCACACUGAUACUGGUGACAGGGCUUCAGCAUGUGACUGCUAAGUUUGCUUUCAUCAAACAAAAAGCCGGCACAAGAGACCUGAACAACAGAGAGAGUCUGUUCCUCCUGACGUACCUGCUGUUCCUAAUCAACACCGUGGUGGGGCUGGUUGUUGCCAUAUGGAGAAUAGUAAUAACAGCUUUGUACAACAUCAUCCAUCUUGGUCGUAUUGAUGUCAGUCUGCUGCAUCGCACAGCAGAGUCCUAUGACCCAGCCUACUGCUACUACACACACUUCCUGAAGGUGGAGGUCAGUCAGUCGCACCCGGUGAUGAAGGCUUUCUGUGGGCUGCUGCUGGACAUGAUGGUUGGGGGUGGGAGAGCUGGACAGAAAAUACAAGAUGCAGAGGAAGCCUGCUCCUCCUUCAUGCUUUCAGGAAUUCAGGAGAAUAAGCCAAGCAAGGCGAACAGCAGUCAAAGGAUUCGCUCUCGCUGGCAGCUGAUGUACACAUUGGUUAACAACCCCUCCCUGCUGUGCUCCAGGAAGCAUUUUCAGACUCUGCAGAACUCGGAGAACGUCCUGAAUGGCACCCCCAACCGAACCUCCAAAAAGGGCAGCAAGAUGGAGGCCAGCAAGCUGGGCGCAGAGCCAGCAGAGCCUACUGAGACCCCUGAAAGCCAAGAAAAAACUGAAUGAGUUUGAGUUGGCAAUAUAUUUCAAAAUUGUACUGGGUGUAAUCUGCAUUAAACAAACCUGCAAGUGCUAAAUAUAACUACUGCAAUCAACCGCUUUGCUUCAGAGAUCUUUUAGCAUUUAACUUAUGUAAAUAGUUGUCUAAAUUAUUCUGUUUAUUUCUCUUAGGUUAGCUUUAGGCAACAAAAACAUUACAUUAAGAUCGCAUCCAGAAAGCACAAAAGUACAGAAUAUGUACUUAAACAGAAGUACAGAUACUAGUGUUAAAAAAUACUCCAGUGAAAGCUGAAGUAUGGAUUCAACUUCUAUACUAAAGUAAAAAAGUACCGGCUCUGAAAUGAACUCAAAGUAAUAAAAGUAGCUCUUUGGAGAGUGUUUCUACUACCUAUUUUUGUGCAAAGUUAACUGAACUCUGUGCUGUAUUAAUGUAAUGAUAAAAUAAUAUCAGUAGAGGGAACAAAAAACAUGUUUCAGUCUCAUUUUUAAUUCUAAUAAAUGUAUUCAGCUUGAAUCGAUUAUGAGAAGAGAAAAAGAAGGAAAUAAAAUAAAAUAGCUCUUUUUUUUGUUGCUUACAUUGCCGAGGCUGAUUUUGCCUCUAAAAAUGAGUACAGUCAGGGGUUAAAGUGAGAUUCAGCAGGUGCAGGAAACCUAAAAUCAGUUCUAAUGGCUCAGAGUGGGGAAAAGAAAAGCAUCACACAUGAAAUUAAAUAACACAGUUAGGGUUAGUCUACCUCAGUUUUUGUUGCAGCUUGUUUCACAAUAUGAAAAAAACGUGUAACAUGUACAGACCCAAUAUCUGAUUUAGAAUAAAAUAGACCUUUAUUGUCAUGUACAAUAAAAGUAUAGAAAUUAUAAUUUAAAAACAUGAAGACAUCAUGUAAGCUUUAAACUUCUGGUUUAUCAAAUCCUAAUGAGGAAAUAGCUGUAGUCCUUAUUUCUCUUCUUCCUCUCCUGUCCUGUCUUUCUUAUCUCCAUCUCUGAAUGAAUUUAGCUCUCUGACUUUUCUCUCCCUGUGAAAUAAGCAGUAGCAGCAGACAAACUGCGCACAAACAGUGUUUUUGAUGAUGCUUGCUGUGCUGAUAAAAAUGUUGUAUGUGAAAUUACCUGCCACUAAAACUAUGUCACUCCAUUUUUGUUUUGUCCUCUUCUGUUAGGCUAGCUAGAUGCUGAAGUACUUGUGUUGUGUCGGUGUUGUGCCAGAAAAAAAGAAAGCACAAACCACUUUAACCCCUGACUUUGGCACACAGGUUUGCCUCUUUCAUCUCUUUUCCCCUGGUGAACAGGACUGCCUGUCUUGAGUUACUGUUCAGGCUUAAAUCGGUUUGAUGUAUGAAGGCCCGCAGUGACGUAAAAUAAUAACUCCCUGUCAAAUGUUUUAAAACAAAAGUAACAAGUCUGUUAAGAAGUAGAACGUACAGAUAUUUAUUUUAAAAUGUAGGGUGCAAAAGUAAAAUGUUGUCAGAAAAAAAACUACUCAAGUAAAGUACAAAUACCUGAAAAUUCUACUCAAGUUCAGUAAGUUUUUGUAAUUCGUUACUGUAUGUGUAACAAAGUAAAUCAUAGGCAUUGUAUGUGAAGUUUGUGUUUACUGAGAUAGCUCACAGAACUCCCUCACACAACAGUUAGAGUGACAGAGUUCUCUUUGCCACAAAUUGACUCCACCAGUUAAAACUACUGAAAGUGCUGCAGGGACACACUGAAGCCUGACCCAAAGGAACCACUGUGCAUUUCUCAGUGCCAGAGAAUAAAGGAUGUGCUGAGAAGUUCCCAGUCGGUGACCCAAAGGGUCAGAGACCCUAGGUAGUCUACAACUUAAUAUGUGGUUAUAAUCUUGAGGUUGAUUGGAGUGUCUAUCACUAAAGUAUCCCUGCAGAGUGUACAUCACAUUUCAACCAACCAAAAGGAACUCUGAAGAAAUGUGGCUGCGAAAAGAAGAUCCAAUGGGAUUCCAAAAGAAAUAUUAAUAACAAUGCAGGUCUCAGCUCAUGUAUGAAAAAUAUAAUUUAAUUUUGUUAAGCUUUACUUUACAGUAUUGUUCAAUUAGUCUGGAAGCCUUUUUAAUUAGUUAAUACUGACUUGCAUGACGCACAGACUGAUGGCAGUGAUCAAUGUCAGCAUCAGACAUGCAGCACGGAGUCAAUAAGCAGUCCUAGUUUAUUUUUGUCUGGGUAAUGUAGCUAUGCCAGCCCAUACUGAUUGGAUAUUUGUGUUCUCAGUGGUGUAGGAGGAUUUUUAAGACCAUGGACGGGCAAAUUUAUAUAUAAACCAACUUCACAGCAAAAUCUCACAAGCUGAAGAUACAAAUAUUUUAUAUUUACUCUAGUAUAAACAUUGUUUUCUGCUGCAGAAUACAGUGUACGAUCUUAAUAUGCUGUUAGAAGACUGUAUGUGUGUUUGUUUUUAUUUACAUUUCAGCUUUGUCAUAAUAUCUUAUCUCAUAUUUAGAUACCUAAUUACAGUUUCCUAUUAGUUUCCUAUUAUGUUUGCUGUUUUACAUACAAGUCCUGAAGAUAAAUAAAAAAGCAAAAAGAUAA